GAUAUUCGUAAAAAAAAAGACUCUAAGCAUGAUAGGAGACGAAAGCUACGUGCAUGUCCACAUUGAGGCAGUUUCCAAUGGUUUCUAAGACGACAAAACAAACAAGUUUAAAAAUGGCGUUCCAGCCUCCGACAGCGCGACAAGAGAUGCAAAACAGGAAGAUUUUAGAAGAGUUACAGCAGAAAAAACAACUGCUACUUAAGCAAGGUCCUACAAGCCUACCAGCAGCAACAGGUGCAGCCGCAGGAGACGCACAUGCACUAACCACGUCCCAGAGGACCGCCUUACAGCAUGCUCAUUCGAGUUCUAUUGGCUACUUUAUCCCUCAAGAUUCCUCAUUUGGAAACCUUAUCCUUCCCGUGUUACCGAGGUUUGAGAAGUGAACCCCGGUAUUCAACAGCAAUGAGAUUGACAUUGUGAUCACGUGUUAACGUUGUCAUCAUCAGUAACACUCGCUGUACAGUCAUGAGAUCAUUAAAACCCUUCACAGUAUUGUCA